UUUUUUUUUUUAGACAUGGUUUCGCUCUGUCGCCCAGGCUGGAGUGCAGUGGCGCGACCACCGCUUAUUGCGGCCUCGACCUCUCGGGCUCCAGUUAUCCUCCCACCUCAGCCUUCCAAGUAGGUGGGACCACAGGCACCACCACGCCAAGCCCGUAUAUGGUUUCCAAAUAAGACAAAUUGCAAAAAACGUUGCCAGACAGCGUUCGCUGGUUUGGGCCGUCACUGGGAAUGGCUCGUGUCCGUCUAGAUACUCAGAGGCCGAGUACAGUCCUCAGUAGGGCUGCUCGGCGGGUACACAGCUGACGCUGGUCCUUGGGCUUAUGGGAGUGGGAACGACUUUCAACUCGGCCGCAGACCAGGAAGGCGUUCUGACCUGCUAGAUUUCCGGGAGAAGGACCCCAUCCCGGUACCUAGAGCGUCUCCCUUAGCCGGCGUGGGCCAACGCCAGUUACCUCACGAACACUGAACUGGCGCCUGCGCCUCUCUGUACUUCCCGCUCUUUCUUCAAGUCACUUCUACCCGGCGAGCCCGCCCUGCCGCCAAUCGUCAUUUCCGGCGGGUGCUCUGCGUCAUUUACGUCGUCACUUCCUGCCGAUACCGGUGUGGACGGUGUGAAUCGUGGCUGGCCCGGUUCUCCGCUUCUCCCCAUCCCCUACUUUCCUCCCUCCCUCCCUUUCCCUCCCUCGUCGACUGUUGCUUGCUGGUCGUAGACUCCCUGACCCCUCCCUCACCCCUUCCUAACCUCGGUGCCACCGGAUUGCCCUUCUUUUCCUGUUGCCCAGCCCAGCCCUAGUGUCAGGGCGGGGGCCUGGAGGAGCCCGAGGCGCUGCAGCAGAAGAGAGAAAAGACAACGACGACCCUCAGCUCGCCAGUCCGGUCGCUAGGUUCGCCGCCGCCAUGACAAUGAGACAGACGCCGCUCACCUGCUCUGGCCACACGCGGCCCGUGGUUGAUUUGGCCUUCAGUGGCAUCACGCCUUAUGGGUAUUUCUUAAUCAGCGCUUGCAAAGAUGGUAAACCUAUGCUACGCCAGGGAGAUACAGGAGACUGGAUUGGAACAUUUUUGGGUCAUAAAGGUGCUGUUUGGGGUGCAACACUGAAUAAGGAUGCCACCAAAGCAGCUACAGCAGCUGCAGAUUUCACAGCCAAAGUGUGGGAUGCUGUCUCGGGAGAUGAAUUGAUGACCCUGGCUCAUAAACACAUUGUCAAGACUGUGGAUUUCACGCAGGAUAGUAAUUAUUUGUUAACCGGGGGACAGGAUAAACUGUUACGCAUAUAUGACUUGAACAAACCUGAAGCAGAACCUAAGGAAAUUAGUGGUCAUACUUCUGGUAUAAAAAAAGCUCUAUGGUGCAGUGAGGAUAAACAGAUUCUUUCUGCUGAUGACAAAACUGUUAGACUUUGGGAUCAUGCUACUAUGACAGAAGUGAAAUCUCUAAAUUUCAAUAUGUCUGUUAGUAGUAUGGAAUAUAUUCCUGAGGGAGAGAUUUUGGUUAUAACUUAUGGACGAUCUAUUGCUUUUCAUAGUGCAGUAAGUUUGGACCCAAUUAAAUCCUUUGAAGCUCCUGCAACCAUCAAUUCUGCAUCUCUUCAUCCUGAGAAAGAAUUUCUUGUUGCAGGUGGUGAAGAUUUUAAACUUUAUAAGUAUGAUUAUAAUAGUGGAGAAGAAUUAGAAUCCUACAAAGGACACUUCGGUCCUAUUCACUGUGUGAGAUUUAGUCCUGAUGGAGAACUCUAUGCCAGUGGUUCAGAAGAUGGAACAUUGAGACUAUGGCAAACUGUGGUAGGAAAAACAUAUGGCCUUUGGAAAUGUGUGCUUCCUGAAGAAGAUAGUGGUGAGCUGGCAAAGCCAAAGAUUGGUUUUCCAGAGACAACAGAAGAGGAGCUAGAAGAAAUUGCUUCAGAGAAUUCAGAUUGCAUCUAUCCUUCAGCUCCUGAUGUUAAGGCCUGAGUGUCAAUCAUAUGUCGCAGUUAGUAUACAACUGACUAAAACAAGCAAGCAGAGAAAAGCAUCAGCCUUCCAGAGUUACUCUGCUUAAGGCAGAAACAGCAGUAAAUAAUGAGGAAAAUGAAUUAGCUCCAGUGCUGGAACAACUAACUUGGUGUUACCUGUAAGUGAAAACUCAAGUGUCAGAUGAAGGGAGGUGGAGUUAUCCUCUUAUAGUACAGUGGCCUGUUAACUUUUUAAUGAAUAUAUACAAGCCAACAUCCAAUUUCUAUUAUUACAAUUAGGGUUCUUGUAGCUGUUUAUGUUGUUAUGGAGAAGAAAACUAUAUUGGCUUAUUUUUCUGAUCUUAAAGCAGAAUGCCUUUUUUUUUUGCUUCAGUUGUAAAGUAGAGGGAAUACAUGAUAAAGUAACUGGUUUGAUUUCUCUUUCAUUGUACGCUGCUUCUGAACAUCUAAUUGUUUUUAGUUGUCUGAAUAAAAUGCCUCUAAAACAAAA